AUGGAGCCACCUGUCUUUCCAAUCGGAGAGGCGGGUGCCUGGUCCUCGCACAAGCUCGAAGAACACGUGGCUGGCGCCUCGGACGGUGUGCCGGAACUGCCACCCGUCAAACCCGACAUCUUACUGCGGUUGAAAAUGGAGGACACGACCAGCGAGCAGAGCAGCCAGACCUCCAUGCUGAAAAUUGUGGAGGAGGAAAGCAAAGACAGCAGCGCGGUGUUUAAUCCAGAGUUGGCGUUGUGGAUCAAGCAGGAAGAAGUACAUUCCUUCCCGGAGAAACCGGACGGGCUGCUGCCUGCUGUGCAAGAUGUCACCCCACACGAUCAUCCCGAGGAGUCGGUGAAGGUCAUACAUGGCGGGCAGCCUCUGCCGGAGGUUCUGGUGGGGAGCCUGCUGCGAUAUUUUGAUGAGGAGAAGGAGAGACAGGCUCAGCUAAGGAGAUCCUUACCGGCAAUGGCCACUGAGCCACAACCAUCGGUGGUGGCAGACAACAGCGCUCAUCACUUCUCCAUAGACUGGGGUCUGCCCGGUGUAGCCAAUAACUUCCAGGACAGUCUGACCGCUGGCGUUGUGAAACAGUACAAAUGUCCGCAAUGUGAGAGGACCUUCCUACGUAGUACGCAGCUGAGGGAGCAUCUGUACACUCAUUCAGGGGAACGCCCCUACCAGUGCCUAAAAUGCCCCAAAACUUUCAGCAGAAGCACCCAGCUGAAGGAUCACCAGCGUACCCACACCGGGGAACGACCCUUCCAGUGUGCCGAGUGUGGCAAAACCUUUACGCACAGCUCCAACCUCAUUCACCACCGGAGGACACACAGCGGCGAGAAGCCUCAUAAAUGUCACCUGUGUCCGAAGAGCUUUAGCCAGAACUCGGACCUCAACCGGCACCAGCGCACCCACAUGGCUGGAGACCGCCCCCACCAAUGCACGCGCUGCCACCGGACCUUCAUAUAUAAGUCCCAGCUGCGGAUGCAUAGUCGUGUUCAUGUGGUGGAGGACAUCCUGCGGGGUGUGGAGAGAGGGGGAGGGGAAGAGGACGUGACCUUCAGUGCUCCGCCACUGUGACGGUUAUCAGAUGCAGCGCAAUCCUUGAGGUUUAUGCGUCUUAGUAUUACAUUUGAAUGUAAUCAUUUAUGAAUAGUACACUAGAGGAAAUACUACAACGUUGGGUUUUAAAGAGAAUAGUGGUUACU